UUUCUUCGCAUUCUGCAAAGAACAAGAUAAGGUUGCAGAGCAAAGACGCCUCAGGAGACAUUCAAAACAGUCGACAAAAAUAGAGAGCCAAGAAAAUGGCGUGCUGUCUGUCAAUGGGUACAAUGGCGUGUUAUAGGGGCAACUAUUCGAAUGGCCCGUCAGCUUCACUUUCACUUCUCACAGGUUCAAGAACAAGAACCUCUGUUUCGCUCAACGUGAAAACCAGUUCCCCAACCUCCUCUGUGAUGCUACUUCACUGUGCUUUUACUUCCUCUUCUUCCCUUUCUUUCACUUCCGGCUCGUCAUUUUCAGGAUCAUCAUUGGGUCUGGACUUGAAUUCCAGCACUGGGAUGGUAGGCAGUAAAAGGCGUGGUUUAGUGGUGAGGGCAAAAAAAUAUGCUCUUUGUCAAACUAAGAGGAACAGAUCAAGGAAGUCGCUUGCUCGAACACACGGCUUCCGUAAGCGUAUGAGCACCACUAGAGGAAGAGCAGUCAUUAAUCGUCGUCGUGCCAAGGGACGAUGGACUCUCUGCACUAAAUCCAACCCCAACAGUGGGAAACGUGCUUGAGCCUUCCCUAUUUUGACUCUCGGUAUCAGUUAAUGUACCUGAAGAAUCUAUGCAGUGGGAUCGGAACAUCCGUAGCUAGGCCACAAAUACCUUCUUUGGCAUCAAUGUUCCUCCGCAAUCUUAUUCGUUCUCCCCAGUUUCGACUCCAAGAAUCUUUGGAUAGCCACAACUUAUUCUUGUUUCUCAGGAAAUUAUACAUGAAUGUUAUUUCUAAUAGUUUUAGAAUAUGUACUACCACCAUUUUUUGUAGACCUGUGCAUUAGUUAAUGAAUCUGCUUAUUCAUUGCCAAA